GUCAGGGCCAGGCUAAUACAUAAUUUAAAAAUGGCUGCUGUACACAAAUUUACCCGGCUUAUACCAAGGGCGAAGUUUUUCAAUAAUAAUGGCUAUUAUGCAAACGAGAAUCUACGGUCGUUUUGCACGAUGGUACAACAACCGCAAAAAACGCAAAGUUUAGUGAAAAUUAGUUUAAUUGGUGCGGUUACCGGUGUUGCUCUAGGUGCAGGUUAUGCCUAUCACAAAAUCAACAAAAUUCGACAAAAUCUCGCUCUAGAAGGAACGCAGGCGGAAAUUACGCUGUUGAAAUAUAAACCAUCUGUCACGCCGUCCAGAAAAGUUAUAUUUCCAGUGGACUCUACGGAUUUAAAUGUCACGUUAUUUCAGUAUCAAACAUGCCCGUUUUGUUGUAAAGUCAGAGUUUUCCUAGAUUACUAUGGGAUAUCCUAUGAUGUUGUGGAAGUAGAUCCGGUACUCCGUAAAGAGAUUGGAUGGUCCUCUUACAAAAAAGUUCCAAUCCUCUUGACUAAAGUAGGAGAAGGCUAUCAACCUCUCAACGACAGUUCCAUGAUAAUAUCUCUCCUUGCAUCCUAUUUACAUGACAAGUCUUAUAAGGUUGAGGAGUUGACUACUCUUUCGCCAAAUGUAUAUAGAACGAUUGAUGAAUCUUAUAGAACUUUCAAUUGGUUUUCAAAAGUCGGCAAAUGGGAGGAAUAUUUUCCAUUAUGGGAGCGAAUGUUAAUAGUGAAUGUAGGUGCAAUGGCAAUGUGGUUGAUAGGGAAAAGACUCAAGAAGAGACACCGUUUAAAAGACGACGUUCGACAAUCGUUGUAUGACGAGGCGAAUUACUGGUUGCGUGCUAUCCGCGCACGUAACACCCCGUUUAUGGGUGGCAGCAGGCCCGAUCUAUCCGAUCUUGCAGUAUAUGGUAUCUUAAAAAGUAUCGAAGGCUGCGACGCUUUUCAAGAUCUACUGGCUCACACGAAAAUCAGCGUUUGGUACAAUGCUAUGAAAGAACAAGUUGAUACACAUUCUGGUAGUGCAAAUUUAAGUAGAUAAUAUAUACAUCGAUCAUUAUGUCUCUGUAUGUAUAGAGUUAUUUAUUUACAUUAUAAAUAAUAUUUAAUAAAUAAAUAACUAAUUUAAUUA